UUUAUAUUAGGAUAAAUACUGUAUAUUCAUGUACACAUUUUCAUGUCAAUUAUUUGUACUCUUAUAGUUGGUGAAAAUAACAUUCACAAAAACACUAUUUCCACUAUGCAAAUGAAUGUAGAGAACAUUGUUAAUUAAGUCACAGAUGAAAGGAAGCACAAUGCAGAGGAGGCAGCAGGAGUCCAGACGAGACUGUGCUGAUAUCACAGAGCAGCGUCUGCUCCAUUAUUACUAUUAUCAUUAUUAUCAUGCUGUGAGAGUCAUCAUUAGGCUAUCACUGAUCUGUACCUGCGUCACACAGAUCAGAAACUUUAACUUCCUGAUCAUCUUCAUCAUCAUCAUCCUGUGAUUGGUAGUCGGGGGACAAAUCUGCAGUGAAAUCUACAUACGUUUCAUUUCCAUGAAUAGCGAUCACUAUAAAUCCCACUAAGAUAAGCUGCCUUCCUCUGACUGAGGACGGGGCUGACGAAUGAGGAGAUUAUUCUCUGCAUCUUCACCAGGAGAUAUCAAACUCAGGUCAGUGUUUUGUGAACUAUAACCUGUGAUAGUGGUGGAAAAUUCAGCUCAUUGCCGUAAGACUCUUAAAUAGGAUGCUGUGCUAUCAAAAGUCAACUCUCUUGUAAAGCCUAUGUGCCUAAAUUUCUUGAAUUCAAUUAAGCAUGCAUAACGAAUUGCAUUUUAUUUUCACAUGUUUGAAACAGGGAUUGAUGCUCUAGUAACCAGAUGCGAUGGGGAACAACCCAGCUUUAAGGGACAUGAUGCAUCUCACUGCAGAUUGUAUUUUUCUUUAUUUUUCUUAAUAAAACAUGCCUUCCCAAGAACAAAAAUUCACAGCUUGUACUGCAGUACAGCAUGUAGUCAAACAAGAGCAGCUGUUCAAAUUUAUAAGGAACUUCUUAAAAAAUCAAUUGUGGCAACUAUUAGGAUCUAUGCACAUCUAUGUCACUACUUAAUUUCCCAGGCGUGAGAUUUUUUUUUUCCAUUCACCUCUUUCGCUACAACCGAGUUACCUAGUUGGAAAUCAAAAACUAUAAAAUUCUUUUAACUGUUUUUUGAUAUGGGAAAUAUAUGGCUAGACAUGUAAUAUACAUUUUAGAUAAAUAAUUUUUAACUAUACUUACACACUUUCUGAUCUGGUAAAAAUCUGUCUGACUGUUUAUUUAAACAGACAUCCAAUCAUCUUCCGACUGUUUUUCAUCCGGCUUAAACGAGGAGUGCUCGGUAUAUUCAAACCCUUAACCAAACUCUCUGAUGUGCAUCCUGUUGCUUAGAGGCCCACCCAUUUAGCGAGUCACGAUAUUUAACACCAAGCGCUCCCAAAGCGUUUGUCCCGCCCACAUGGUCCAAGCCGAUUGGUUGAGCUGGUGAAGAGGCGUCGUUUGAAUUUCAGUUAGACGCUGUUGUGUGUGGUAACUGCUCGGCAGAACUCAGCCGGUCCAGCGUUUCCCAAAACACUGAAUUCAAGAAUAUUGUCGAGCUCCACAGUCAGACCUUGGCUGCAGUAUUUCUCCUCUUGUGGUCCUGACCUGUGUUGGAGGCAAUGCGUCAUGAUUCAUCUGCCACCCGCCGGAAGGGGAAAACCCCUAAACGUCGUCCCCCGCUGCCGGACCCAGAGUCUUCUGCUUCGAAAUCCCGGAGCCCAAGACGGAGUGGAGUGUCAAAGCCGCCUCCUGUGUCUCCCAAGAAAAGAAGGUUUCGUCCAGGAACCAGGGCCUUAAUGGAGAUCCGCAAGUACCAGAAGAGCACAGAUCUGCUGCUCAGGAAGGGACCCUUCUCUCGCCUGGUUCGUGAGGUGUGCCAGAGUUUUUCCAGAGAGGCUCUCAGGUGGCAGGUCUACGCUCUUCUUGCCCUGCAGGAGGCUGCAGAGGCAUUUCUUGUCAUGUUAUUCUCCGACGCCAACCUAUGUGCCAUCCACGCCAAGCGUGUCACCCUGUUCCCUCGCGACAUCCAGCUGGCCAGGAGGAUACGUGGGGUGGAUAACCUGUAAAACCUAAAUCCCAGGGGCGAGGGGGGGGCAUUAUAGUGUUCGUCUUUGUAGAUCAUCACAGGCUUUAUGAAAACGUAUCAAGUUCAAAUGUAGGUCCUGUGAGUUUGCUUCAAAUCACCUUUUAAGAGUUGGACUUGAAAAUACCAGUACAGAAAAAAGCAAGGGAAGUCAAAAAUAAUCCUUGUCAAGCAGCUGCAUGUUUAGACGUUGUUGAAUCGUUUGCUCUGCCCAGUGGAUCUGCUGUAGAGUGUGAUCAUUGUUACACUGAUUUCAAUAUAUUAUUGUGUACAUAUUGUUCCCUAUUCAAGUGAACUUAUUUUGUAAAUAAAUGGUAAGGUUUUUGUUA